AUGAGUCAUCAAAAUUUUACUUUUGACGAAUUACAUCGUUUGAAUGUGACUUCACAUGAACUCCUCUUAUGGUCAUCUUCAAUCGAUCUUGCUGAACGAUAUCAAUAUUAUAUCGAUCAACCGACUAAAUCUAUUCGAUUGAAUGAACAAUUCUUCAAUUGCACACCACCAUGGUUCGGAUCUCGUUGCCAGUAUUCAUUCAAAUUAGUGUCAAAAUUUGCCGAAACAAUAUUAAAUAUUCAGUGGAAAUCUCAUAUGACUUACGCUAUCACUCAUCGAACAUGUUACAUUCUGCUAGAAUGUGAUCGUGAUGCUGCAUCAAUGUGCCUCGAUUGGCGUGAAAUAUGUGACGGUCAAAUUGAUUGUUUCAAUGAUGGUAUUGAUGAAAAUCAAUGUAUGUUUCGAAUUAGAAAUUAA